AUGGACUCUGACACGGACAAGUCCGCAGACAGACCCAUCUCGACACGGAGGGCAUCGCAGUACAACAGCCACACUGACACCUGGUACCUCAGCCCGGGUGGAACCCGCAGAGCGUACUUCCGAACCAGGACUGAGACACUGGAUCCAACAGGAUCUUGCUCAUGGGCUUGGGAACUCCUUACCUAUGAAGGAAACGUUGAAGAGGACUUUUACACCACGUUUCAGGUUUUUCAGGAAGAACUUGGAGUGGUCAAGUCAUAUAAUCUGAAACCAGGAGGGGACAAGAUUCCUGUUACCAACCUAAACAGAAAAGAAUACAUCCAGCUCUACAUUGAUUUCCUACUGAAUAAGUCCAUCUACAGGCAGUUUGCUGCUUUCUAUCAUGGUUUUCACAGCGUUUGUGCCUCAAAUGCCCUAAUGCUCUUGAGGCCAGAAGAGGUUGAGAUCCUGGUUUGUGGAAGUCCUAAUCUGGACAUGGGCUCUCUGCAGCGAGUGGUGCAGUAUGAGGGCUACAGUAAGACUGACCCCACCAUCCGGGCCUUCUGGGACGUGGUUCUGGCCUUUUCUUUGGAGCUGCAGAAGAAACUGCUCCACUUUACCACAGGAAGUGACCGCGUUCCUGUGGGGGGAAUGGCCGACCUCAACUUCAAGAUCUCCAAGAUUGAUGUCUCCACUGACUGGCUUCCAGUGUCGCAUACAUGCUUCAACCAGAUUUGUCUACCUCCAUACAAGAGCAAGAAAGAAUUACGGCAAAAGUUGACUAUAGCCAUUUCAAAUGCAGAGGGCUUCGGAUUGGAGUAGAUUAUAGUUGUAGAUCUGAUAAUCCAAUGUAUGACUGUAUUCAGCCUGCAUUCACUGAAAGAUAAUGGGCAAUGAUAUUGAUAUAUGAUGAUUAAAGGGGAAAUGAAGCAGUGAAUC